GACCAGUAUAAGAGAAGUGCUGUGUGAGGAACAGAUUUCAGAGAGUCUGUUAGCCUCAUUUCCUGGGCGGAGAGCUUUCGACUCUAGUGAAGCAACAGCAGCUCGAAAGGAGAGCGAGUGAGUGAGCUUGAGUGGUGGAGAGAAGUUAUUGGAACGUAAAGCUCUCACAAAUCAUUUUGUCACCAGCAAGCUCUGACAAGCGAGGAGAGGGAGUGUGUUACAAGAGGGAGCUAAUAAAAAGAGUGCUGUACGAGAGAGAAGGAGGGUCUGAAGGACUUUUUUCUUUUCUUAAGACUGAGGUCAAAAGGCAUAAAAGUGGACAAACAGGAGAGAACAAAGACGAGAAGAGAAGGGGGGAAAAAGGACGUUUGCUGUCACGGCUGCGGUUCACACGUUUACUGCCUGGGUACUCAUGGACGGUUCAUUUGUUUCGCUCUUUUUGUUUACUCCAUCUGUCACUCGAGACUCGUGGGUUGGACGUGGUUAGUUUGAUUUUCCUGACACAUUUCAUCGGGGCCAAAACGUCAGGGUAUUUUCCGAGAGGAUCUGUUUUCCUUUCAAUUCCUCUCAGUGAAAUGUGUGUGAAUGUGUGCUGGGGUGGGGGGGAAGCUGUGUGUUUGGUUAGCCAUGUCAGUGAAUCUUUCCACUCGUCUUUGUAGUGGGAAAAGCUUGUUUGGAGAAAAAAUGAGUUUAUAGCCUGAAAAAACCCCACUUAUUUUUAUUCAAACUCGACUGAACGUCUUUGCAAUGUUUUGGGUGGUUUACAAAGCAGGUUUCUUCCUAACAUGAUGUUUGCAUGUGAAAUGAAGUAGUUUCAUACUCUGCAAGUCACUGUUACUGUUAUCUGAUUAUCCUAAUGCUUCCAGAAAAUCAGUCUCACCAGCAGAGGAAACCUUAAUGUUGUACAAGCUAACUUUUGAGGAAAUCUGAGCUGGACACGUCCCUUUGUCUUGUUACGAACGCAGCAUGCCGCUGGAUGGGGUUGUCUGGUUUAGUCAGUUAACAGGUCUUCUUUAGUGGUUUUUGUGUGAGAUGACAAAGCAUCGGCUGAAGCAUCAAGACCAGAGAAGCUCAGAGGGGUGGAAAGCCGUGAGUAGCGAGGAAAGUUAGUAAGCAAACACGCUUACAGACGUGUCAUUGUAUCUAGACCUCUGCGUGUUUUCACAGCGGGAACCAUCCAAGACUAGAGGAGAGAAAAAGAGUCAGUCCAGACGCAUGGACUCGAACAAGCAUUUCUGUGUGCGACUGCCAGCAGGGAGCCGGCGUUAAAGUUGUGUGUGUACGUGGGAAUUUUUUAGUGAAAUUUACGCUUAGACGCAAAUGUACAAGUGCAUGUCAGUGAUUGCCGGCGUUCAGGUGUAGACUAGCGAUCGCAUAGUCUUUGUGUGCUUCUAAGCUUGUUUAUGUAAAGAGUUGUUGUUCCAUUUGGCCAAACUGCACCUGGACGGACCUCUGGAACAGGUGAGGCGUCAGGAAUUUCCCUUAUUAGACAGACAUCAGCUGUUCUCUUGGCUUUAUUAUUCAAGGUGCUUUCCAGAAUCAUCAUCAGGCAGCAUCACCUCCAUAAUAACACCACUGCUGUGUCAUUUUGAAUCAAACGCUCUGCGUCAAUCACAGACUCCUUACCUAAAGACAGUUCGGGCUCAUAUUUCGGCACCAUGAGGUUGGCUUGCUUGGUACUGAUGGCCCUGUGCAUGGUGGCUAGAACGGGAGGAAUGUCCACGUGCAAAACUCUGGACCUGGAGGUGGUGAAGAAGAAGCGGAUAGAGGCCAUCCGCGGUCAGAUUCUCAGCAAACUGCGCAUGGCCAAAGAGCCCGAAUCGGAGAUAGACGACGAUGGACAGAAGAUCCCAGAUGACAUGCUUUCUUUGUACAACAGCACUGUUGAACUGAGUGAUGAAAUGAAGAUGAAGCCCGUUUCUGUUCAGGCUGAAGAUGAAGAUUACUUUGGCAAGGAGGUGCACAAGUUCGUCAUCCGACAAGCUCAGAAUGGCACAAAGCAUCAGAUGACUUUUAACGUGUCAGAGAUGAAACAGAGUAUUCCAGACCACCGGCUCCUGUCUCAAGCCGAGUUGCGUCUUCGGAUUAAGAAUCCUACGAUGGACCAGGAGCAGAGGCUGGAGCUGUAUCGUGGAACGGGCGAUCAGGCUCGAUAUCUAGACACCCGCUUUGUCUCCAAGGACUUGGCCAAUCGCUGGCUCUCGUUUGACGUGAAACAGACGAUAAUAGAAUGGCUGCAGGGUUCAGAAGAGGAAGAAAGUUUAGAGCUGAGGUUAUACUGUGGCUGUAAGACAGACCAGCAGAGUGCUGAUAAGUUCCUCUUCACCAUAUCAGGACUAGACAGGCAUAGAGGUGACACUGCUGGUCUGUCAGAGAUGAUGGCGAAGCCUUAUAUUUUAGCUUUAUCUUUGCCUUCUAAUGGCAACUCCCUUGCAUCCGCUCGCAGGAAACGAGCUGUUGGAACUGAUGAAACUUGUGAUGAAAAAACUGAGACCUGCUGUAUGCGGAAGCUUUACAUCGACUUUCGGAAAGAUCUAGGCUGGAAGUGGAUCCACAAACCCAAGGGAUACUUUGCCAACUACUGCAUGGGCUCCUGUACCUACAUCUGGAAUGCUGAGAACAAAUACUCUCAGAUAUUAGCCUUGUACAAACACCACAACCCUGGUGCAUCGGCUCAGCCAUGCUGCGCACCUGCAGUCCAUGACCCUCUGCCGAUUCUCUACUAUGUGGGUAGACAACACAAGGUGGAGCAUUUGUCCAACAUGGUGGUGAGGAGCUGUAAGUGCAGUUAGAGUUCAUCUGACUGCAUAACAUAGUUAUCUUCAAAAAGUACUUCAUGGCUCUGUCUCUCUCCGGAUGAUAAGUAAGCAAGCACAGAGGGAUUGACAUAAAGUCUCACUGGGAAGGAAAAUCAGGAGCUGAGACAACUGACAUGGACAGAAAAAAAGGAGAACGGACAGUCGGGCGAAAGUGGAGGCAAAAGGAAAGAGGGGGAAAGAAACUUUCUCAGCUAUACCCCUCUACAGUGGCACACAAAAACAUUUUGUUUAAGCAAUUCAUAAAACAAGCUCAAUAUUAAACCACAUAUAUGCUUUAUCUUCUUUUAAAUGUUUAUUUACAUUAUUAUUUCCCAUUAAUUUAUUGUGCUUGCUAAGUUCAUCAUUUGAUUGUACCAUGAAGGCAGCCGCGUAGCAUUGCAUGCCAAAUGUACAAUGAAGAUUUCUAAUGGUGCUGAACUGAUAAAGGAAACGAUGUCAAAGCAACAUUUCAUGUGUUUCAAAGGUAAACACAUAAAAGGGAAGUGUUUGCACUAAACGAUGGAGGUGAAGACUCAUUAUGUACAGUAUGAGACUUACAAGAAAGCUAAUGGGAUUGGAGCAUGCAUCAAUGAACUGCUUUAAAACUUUGGGGGUGUAUAAUGUGUGCGGUGGGUUUUAUCGUUAUGUUCUGAAACCUGAACAGGUGUUCCUGUGAACAGGGUCCUGAAGAGCAGGAGGAACACUAGAAGAAUAGUAUUGAAUGGUGAACAUUUCAAAGCUGUCAUGUGCUCCCUAACGACAUACUGCACACUACCUAGUGUCACAGGAAAUUUCUGCCUCUUCAGGUCCUUGUGUAGUCAGGGUUUGUUAGUUCUCAAAAUAUCUACAGCUUUGCUAAAGAAAUGCGUUGGUCAAUCUCGGCAAAACAUGUCUGGGACACAUUUCAUAUUUAUGAAAUAAAAUGAUUUCACACAAAGAAGGUGAAUCUUAUUUUAAGGACCAUUAUGAUUGUUUGCAUUAUGUGAUUUCCUUGGCCAAUUUGUAAUGGAUCUAGUCAAUUCAAUUAUUUUUUUGUUUUACAGUAAACUGAAAAGACAGUACAACAAAUGCACGAUAUGUAAAUACUUAUUUUAAAUUAAUAAAUUAAUACAAUUUUAGUUUUUUUUUUUUUAUAUUACGGUAAUAAGAAUGUGUCAUAAUGCAAAGAGACUGGUUUUAAAACAGGCUUAGUUUUCUUGCAAAAUACCCUUUCCUAUUUUUCUGUUGGUUUUGAGGUGAAAUUUCAUCUAUGUGCAAGUGAUGUAUUUGCGUGGUGAGUUUGUAUCUAUGUGUGUGUAUGUUUGUUGUGUGGUGUUCAGCUGUGUUAGCCCCGUGCUGACAUCUGUAUGAGGGACAUUAGUGUGUAUUUAUAGAGGCUCCAUGUUUUUCUCUGCCCUGUUUGACAUCCACGGUGUUGAGUGAUGAGAAUUGUGUUCUUUGUUAGUGUAAAGACAACACACACAUGAACGCAGUGUCACUCUUCCUGAAGAAUACUGGCUAGUUAAAACUACAGACCUUUGUACAUACUGUCAUAUUUUGUCAUUUUUAAACUGCAAGUGUUUUAAAUUGCUACAGAAGUCAUUUGACAAACAUUUCACAUUCCUGCAGUGUUCAAUUUUAUGAUAUAAUUACAUUUCAUUUUUUGCACUUACUUAAUGCCAUUGUGACACAUUCAUUGUUUCAAUAAACAAAACUCACAA